AUCUGGGUUCCUACCUACAAGCUCUGCCGUUAAUGGUCGCUUUGAGUUAUGGCGUCCCUACACAUGCAUCUUCCGCUCCAGUGAGUGCAUCUGUCAUAUGAGUGUUAGCAAUAAUACCUGUACUAAAGUUUAUAUAAUAAGCUAGUAUGGCAGUUGACAAAAUCUGGCCGUUAUUCAUAUAGCAUUGUAAUAGCUGGUCACAGUUUCAGUUCCCAUGGAGUUUCGUAAUUCAAUGUGUAUAAGCCCUAAUUGCAGGGUUCGGGUUCCAUUAAUGCGAGCGGUAAUCGGCAGCAGCAGCCAAUGGAGUUGCAGCAACCGGAUGCAAAGAAUGAGAUUACUUCAGAGGCCACAAUUACCAAACCAUCCUCCUCAUGCCAGAGUAAGACUCUUCUCUUCUCCAAGAGCCUUAGCAGAUGAGGAAGCUGCAGCAAAAGCAGCUGCUACUAUUGCAGACACUGGAGCCCCAACCAUAUUUGAUAAGAUUAUAAGGAAAGAAAUUCCAGCAACUAUAGUCUAUGAGGAUGAGAAAGUAUUGGCAUUUCGAGAUAUCAAUCCACAGGCACCAGUCCACAUUCUCCUGAUUCCAAAGAAGCGAGAUGGCUUGACCCAGCUUUCCAAGGCAGAACCUCGGCAUGCUGAUAUCCUAGGGUACAUGCUUUACAGUGCAAAGGUUGUUGCCGAGAAGGAGGGUAUAUCAGAAGGAUAUCGUAUAGUCAUCAACAACGGCCCUGGUGGUUGUCAAUCAGUUUACCAUAUACAUUUGCAUAUAUUAGGUGGAAGGCAAAUGAAAUGGCCAGCUGGCUGAGAGUAUUCCUUUAAGCUUCUGUGGUGAGGGAUGUCCCUUUUCUUUGCCUUGGAUAACUUGGUGUUUGGAAUGAUCAAGAGAAAAAUUGCAGGUUCAAUAUUGCUGUUUUAAAUUUUGAUAUCAUACGAUCAUAAAUUUUGUAUACACUAGGUAUGGGCCUCUUUUUUCUCCUUGUUUGAUAUUGACUGAAGUUUGAAAUACUAUAUUUUUGAAAAAAUUGGGAAAAAGUAGGGGAAAAAUGGGAAAAAAAUUGGAUUUAUGAAAAUGUAAAAUAUUGUGGAAAAAUAAUAUAUAUAUAUAUUUUUAAUUUAUUACUACAA